CGGAGGUGGUGUCCUUUCUACUAUAGGAGCUAUUACAUUUCUGGAGCUUGGAACGAUGUUACCUAAAAAUGGUGGACAGAUGAUUUAUCUUAGAAAGGCGUUUGGAGGUCUUCUAUCAUUCCUGUCCUGUUAUCUUCUACACGUACUUUUAGGGGGACUUCGCAGAGCAAUAGGGUUCCUGACGUUUGGGAAGUAUUUCUGGGCUGUCUUCUACGAUAAUGCUGACGAUGUUCCGGAAUGGGCCAACAGGAUCCUUUGCAUUGUUGUAUGCUGGACGAUCAUGAGCCUAAUAACUAUCUACCCGAACCUUACUCUUAAGAUUAUUGACGCUGUUACCUUCUUUAAAAUGGCGUCCCUCGCUCUCAUCAUCAUACUUGGCUUCGUCCAUUUGUGCCAAGGACACACGGAGAACAUAACGGUAGGAUUUGAGAAUACAAGCUGGAAACCACAGGAAUGGGGGGAAGCUUGGAACAGUGUUCUGUGGGCCUACAAUGGCUGGAUCUCUCUUUCUGUCAUGUUGGGCGAGGUCAAGGACCCCAGGAUGCUGCCAAAAAUAGUGGCGAUAUCAAUGACGAUAGUGACGAUACUGUACGUCUUAGCGGUCACAUCCUAUCACAUUGUACUCGAUAUGGAUACCAUGAUGUCUGGCUCAGCUCUUGCUAGUAAACUAGCUGGUAAAAAGAUGGGACAGUCAGGAGAGGUGUUCUAUGCUAUAGCUGUGGCUGUCUCCACCCUGGGUAACGCCAUGUGUGCUUCUCUUGCAGCUAGCAGGUUCCUCCAAGCUGGUGGCAGAGGUGGAAUAUUACCCGGCUGCUUUGGUCUCGUCAACAAGCGGUUCAAGACACCAAUGUUCUCCCUUUUAUACGUGAUGGUAGCAUCGACGAUAUUCAUUUCGUUUGGGAACGUGUUCAAGUUAAUCAACACCGCCUCCUUCACCAGCUUUGCUUUCACCAGCCUGUGUGCGGUUGGACUCCUCGUGAUGAGAAGAAAGUUUCCUGAUCUACCGAGACCUGUACAAGUGUCUCUACUGUACCCUAUCGCUACAAUCGUGAUGGGAGUCUAUCUUUUCAUCAUACCUUGGAUCACUAACUGGUCAAUGUGUUUACUUUGGACUGGACUCACUCUUGCUGGAGUUCCAGUUUAUUUCGUCUGUGUCAGAGGAUAUUACAGACCUAAAUUCUUUGUAUCUUUAUCUGAAUCAUUCACCAGCAUCGCAGCGAAGAUUCUAAAUUCUGAGUAAAAGAGUCAACAGCUUAACUAAGAAUGCUAGAGUUACCAGUUUGAGUUACCAGUUACCAGCUCAAUAAGAAUGCUAGAGUUACCAGUUAUUAUGUUCAAUAAUUCAGAAUUUUGUAAGAUAUAAUAUAAUAUUAAUAAUAAUGUUAUUACAACUUUAAUAAUUUAAACCUUUUGAA